AUGCGAGCUUUCGCUCCGAUCCUGGCUGGUUUCUUUGUGCAGCAGGUAUGGGCCACUAAGCCUGCUGUCGUCGUCAGCGGUGCCACUGGGCGCACGGGGUCGCUCGUUUACAAAGACCUGAAGGCCACCGGGCAGUAUGAGGUCAGGGCCUUCGUGCGGAACGCAACGAAGGCCAAAGCAGUGCUUGGCUGCACCUCCUGCAAUGAGACCGAGGGCAUCUUUGUUGGCGAUGUCUCUGAACCAGAGACACUGAAAGCCGUAAUGGCAGGCGCUGAUACUCUGGUCAUCACAACAUCCUCAGUGCCGGUCUGCACCGGCAGCCUGCCUUUCCCAAUGAAGAAGUGCCACUAUCCCAAAGGCGGCGAGCCCAAAGAAGUGGACUGGCUUGGCACGAAGGCGCAGAUUGAUGCCUUUGGGUUCUCCGGCGGCAGCAUGGCCACAAAGCAGCUGCUGUAUGUGAGCACCAUGGGCACGACCACUCCGGACAACUUCCUGGACAAGCUCGACAAAGGCUGGACGUCCUUCUACCACCUCCAGGCCGAAGCUGACGUCAUGUCUUCCGGCAUUCCCUUCACCAUCGCUGCUUGA